UCGACUUGGUACCACCACCUUCUCUUUGCCUUUUUCUUCCUUUUCCUCCAGUUUCUUCCCAGCUCCAGCAACACUAACCUUCUUCUUCUAUCUUCUCUCCUCUCUCUCUCUCUCUCUCUCUCUCUCUCUCUAGCCAUGGCUAACACUAACACAGUCUGCUCUAUGUGUGGUGACAUCGGCUUCGCCGACAAGCUCUUCCAAUGCAUCCGUUGCCACUCUCGCCUCCAGCACUCCUACUGUACCAACUACUACGACGAGGCCACAUCCGAGACCGUUGGGGUCUGUGAUUGGUGCUUGAGUGAAGAGCGAAGUGGAGCUAAACGAGGGAUCCACUCGAAGAGGCUGGCGAGGAAGGAUUCUGCCGAAACCGGUAGUGGUUACAAGGCUGAGCACAACAGCGACCGGGAGGAAAGUCAGAGCCGUGGCAAGAGCGACAGCGCCGGUGGUGCUUCUUCCAAGCCAACGGGCCGCAGGUACAAGCUACUCAAGGAUGUCUUGUGUUGAGCUUCAUCCUGGUAGCUGUUAGAUUAUGUGCAUAUGUGUCGUUAGAUCUACCGUGAAGGUUUGUGUAUGAUAUCACCCGGUCUGCUGUAACUUCU